AUGGCUAAACCAGACCAGCCCGACAGACGCGAUGCCACCUUAGUCCACCACCAUCGAGCCCCCGAAGACCCCAACCCACAACCUUCCACACAACGACCAAGCACCAAGGACCGCCGAAAACAGGAAGUUCGAGGGUCAGCCUCACAUCAAAAGCCGAGCACGACCUCCGGCCCAACCCACCGCACCCCCGAAAAAAUCAUCAACCGCACAAUUUCCUCGACAUGGCAUCCGAGAAGGAAGCAACCCACUCGAAUAAUAGCGACCACCGCCCGCCGGGUUCCAGACCGACAGGGGAUUGACAGAUGCCGAUCCGCGCCGCUGAGAGUGGCCCACGCUCCGGUGAGGAGGCUACAUCAACUCGGCGAUUUUGGUCCUAGCUGCUUGGGUCGUCCCACUGAAGGUCUUGAGGUCGUCGCCAUCCCAAAGGUCCUGAGGUCAUUGCCAGACCCGAAGGUCCUGAGGUUGUCGCCACUGAAUGUCCUGAGGUCGUCACCGGACCCGAAGGUCCUGAGGUCGUCGCGCUGUCCUGUGAACCAACCUACCCCAAGUAUAUUGAGGUCAUCGACAUGA